AAAGUCCGCAAUACAAACGAAGUGCGCAAGCGCUUAGUGUAUGGUGGGAAGCCAGCCAGAAGGGGCCUGGGGGAGGAGGCCGUGGCCUGGACAAGAUCCCACUGCGCAUCCUCCUCGGCUCCCCCACCCUUAGACUGCAGUCCCAGCCCCAGAUCCUGCACCAGCGGGGAGAGCCUCCCGCCCUCCACUGCGGAUUUCCAGGUCUUCGCUGCCCCUGCUGCCCCACCUCCUCUACUUCCUUUGCAUUCUUCUUCUCUCUUCCUCCUAGUCCUCUUUCACCCAGCUCCUCUUGCAUCUUUUCGGAUUUCACCUCCAUCUCCUCGCCUUUGUUCUUUUUCAUCCCCUUCUUUUUUCCUUUCUUCUCUUUUCUUUCCUGCCAUUCUUUUCUUAUCUCUCUUCUCACAUCAUUCUAUUUUCCUUUAUUUCUUACUCAUUCCCUCUUCGUUUUCCCGUUUCCUUUUCCUUUUCCUUUCUUUCUCUUUCUCUCCCCUCCUCCACCUUUUUUCCUCCUCCGGGGCUCCUGUGCCCAGGCCCGACCAUGGGCAAAAACAAAUUAGUGUUCGCCCAGGGCUCCUGCUACUUCCUUGCCUUCCUGUUUAGCUUCAUCGUGGUGGUGCCACUGACUGAGAACUGCCAUGACUUCCACGGCCGCUGCUUACUUUUCACAGAGGGCAUGUGGCUGAACACCAAUCUGACGGUGCAGGAGCACCAGCGCUUCACGGUGCAGGAGUGGGGCUCGCCCGCUGCCUGCCACUACUCUCUGCUCGCUGCCCUGCUCUCCUUGUCUGUGGCCAUUGGGUUAGCCUGGCGGUCGCUCUAUCUUCUGUGCAAGGGAUUCGACGAGACCUGCCUUGAAUCGUUUGCGGCCUUGAUGCUUAAUAUCUUUAUCCUCUUCGUUGUGUUCAUUGCCUGUACUAUCAUCAGUGUGGGAUUUGACAUGUGGUGCGAUGCCAUCACAGAGAAAGGCAGCAUGCCCAACAGCUGCGAAGAGCUUCAGAAUAUGGACUUGGACCUGAAUCCUGAAAACUCGGCCUUCUAUGACCAGUUUUCUCUUGCCCAGUUUGGUCUCUGGGCUGCCUGGUUGGCCUGGUUGGGCAUCACCAUCUUGGCCUUCCUGAAGGUCUACCACAACUACCGGCAGGAGGACCUGCUGGAGAACCUCAUCCACGAGAAGGAGCUGCUGCUGGGCCGAGCCUCGUCGAGGACCUUUUUUCAAGAUGAGAAGAGUGGCAUGAUCUAAUUCCAGGGCCACCCUCCUUUUUCCCUCUCCCUGCAGUAUCCUCCUUGUUCCCCUUUGUGCCCUGGGGCCCUGGUCUUGCCUCACCCUGGUAGUAUUUGCUGAAGCAGUCAUCGCUAUUUUGGAUUAAAAUGAGAUCUGGUUUAAAGUCACCUAAUUUGUAUUUACCUGAAAUGUCCAGGUAGCAUUGAGAGACUGUUCUGUGUCCUCCCCAUUCCCACUCUCAAUCUCUUCCCCUCCCUAGCUAAUUUUUGUUUGCUCAUGCCCUGGCAAUGCCAGUUUGAACCAUCUUCAUUCCAACUUGCCAAUUAAAGUGGCACUGGUGGCUAAAUUAUGCUCACUUAACUGGGCUAAAGUUGAACUUUGCAUGGCCUCUCAAGAAAGAGUUUGUGAAGUAAAUUAGAGUCCAUAAGCAAGAUGGCAAGAGACAUGUUUAUACCACUUUCAGGAACAAAUGAUUUUCAAAGUAUUUGAGCAAAUCAGGUUCCUUUUACAUCUAUCCUUUUGCACCAUCAGGACCAAUGCAAAUGAUGUUGUUAUGGUUAUUUCUGCUUGGAAAACUUUUGGUAGUAAAUUUGUAACCACUUUAUAUACUAGAGAAUAACAUAAUGACUUCUUAAAACUACUUUAAAUUGGAACUAAGCAUCUACUAUUCAUAAGACAGGCAGCAUGGCACAGUACUGAAUCAAAAGUACCAAGACCUGGGUUUCAAUCUUGCCUCUGAUGUGAUGAUUAGUUCCAUGACUCAGGACACACAUUUCAUGUCUCUGAGUCUUAGGCAACAGGCUACAAGUUCUCUACCAAGUUGUGGUUGAGUUAUACUUUGGUGGUGAUGGGUGGUGGUGAGUUCCCAAACCAAAAAAAUCAGAUUUUUAAGACUUGUGCAAAACAUGAUUCUAAGUGCUGGAGAUACAAAGAGAGGGCAGAGACCCUAUUUUCAAAUAAUUUCUAAUCUGUUUUUGCCAGUUCAUUCAUUCAAAAAUAAUUAUUGACCAUCUAUUAAGGGGGAGGUCUGAAUUAGUAAGGCUUGAUUCUAAAAUGCACUGUCUUCAAGCUUACCUUAUUUGGUGUGUAAAAUUGCUUUGUAAUAUGCUAAGCAGAUCGAAGUCAUUUUUGCUGCAACUAUCCACCCAAUCCCCUAAGAGCAGUUUUCACUACUAAAUUUAAGUUGUUAGGUACCCAGAGGCAGCAUGGUAUGGUCAAUAGAGCACUAGCUUUGAAGUCUCUAAGACCUGGGUUCAGAUCCUGCCUUAGACAUUUAAUAGCUGCAUGAUACUGGAAAAGUCAUUUAACCUUUCUGGCUCUCAUUCUCCUGGUUUGUGAAGUGUGGGGUCUGGACUUGAUGAUUUCUAGGCUCCCUUUGUCUAAACCCAUGAGAGCAUCUUAUGUUUCAAAUGGUGAGCAACUACCCCUUUCUCCCUGCUCUCCCUAAGCAUUACUUGGCUGCCCCAGCAGGCAACCCUCUUUAGGAAGUGAAUUAAUCCUCUUUGGAAUUGGCAUUUUCUCCAGCCAAUGGAUCCAGUCUUGCCUUGGGCUCAGAUAAAAGGAAUCAUUGAGGUGAGGCUAUGUGAUAUAACAAAGUACUCAACUUGGAUUUCCAACCUUUUCCUUAUUUGGCAAAUCAUCCCUUCCUUUUAGUCUCAGUUUUCUCUGUAAAAUCAAGGUGCCAGACUAGAUAUUCUCUUAGAUAUCUCAAGAUAGUUCUCUUGCUUUCAACACUAAAUCUUAUGUGCCCAAAUAACUUGGACUAGUUGCAGAGCAUCUAUCCUGACUGCAGCAAGAUGAUGUUUUCUUUCUUUUUUUUUCUGAAUUUUAGACUAGACCCAGAUCUUGCUCCAUUGACUAGAAAUCAGUGUUCUCUCCCUGUAGAAUGGGCUGGGUUGAACAUCAAUCCAGAUAAGUUAAGGUUUGACUCUCCCUAACUUUACCAUUACCAAUGUUCCCUUUUCCUUCAGUUGCUCACUUUAAUUUCCCAGGAUUGUUACUUGAAUUCUCCAACUAGAAACAUCUGGUUAAUGGGCAUCAUGAAGACCCAACAUCCCUGUGUUCAGCACCAUGCAGACAAAACAUCUGGAUGUAUGGCGGGCAUUUUAGUUAAUGUUCAGAUGCUUUGGUAUUUCCUAGCCAGGAGGAGACCCCUUGGUGGAUGCUUCGGUAACCCUUUCUUUGGGCUAUUGAGUUUACUUUUCUUUGACUGUAUUAGAGAUUUAGAGGGUUUCCCAAAUAGGUGAGUGAUUAUAACUUCCUUUGCCAGGCAAGCCCCUCACUUUCCCUGAGCCUCAGUUUUCUCAUAUAUAAUAUGAGGAGUUGUACUCAUUGAUCUCUCAGGCCCCUUCUCAUUCUAAAUCCUAGAAACUUUUGGAUUUAUGACCACCACAGGAUAUGGGGUCUUGGAGCAGUCUCCAAAUUCUUUAGCACCAGACCCUGUAUCCCCCCUUCCCUGCAGAAUUAUUUCUGAUUCAAAAGAGAGCCAUUUGAACAGUGACAGACCCAGGGUCCUACAAGGAUAUUAUUGGCUUGAUGGCUUCAGGCCUUUUCAUUUCCAAGAACUUUUGGGCUCCUAGAAAACUCUAAAACGUUGCAUAGGCAGGCAAGAUUUGAUUCCACAUUUUUGGGGAGAGAUGUUUCUGUUAAGUAGCAUGAACUAAUGAUGAGUAAAAGAAAAUGAUGAUCUGUCUAGUGACCAAGGAGAAAUGGCUGGAGCAGCAGAAGCAAGAGCAACAAUAAUAUUGUUUCCAUUUUAAAGAUAAGGAAGAAGAUUCAGGAAUAUAUGACUCUCCCCCAAAUCACAUAAUUUUUAAAUUGUUAUUAAGCACCUGGUCAUGCCUCAUCUGGCAUAUGGUAUUCAAUUGUGAGCACCCAAGUCUAGAAAGGAGAUCAGUAAUAUGUUAUGAUAGAUAGAACUGAAGAUAGAUCUCAGUUGAAAUCUGGCUUCAGACAUUUACCAGCUUUGUGACUGGACAAGUCACUUAACUUGUCUGUCUCAAUUUCCUUAUCUGUAAAGUGAGGAUACCAAAAUAAUACUAUCUCAUAGGGUUAUUGUGAGGAUCAAAUGAGGUAAUAUUUUGUAAGCAUUUUGUAAACUUUAAAGUGUUAUAAAAACAAUAUUUGCUAUUGUUAUUGUUGUCAUUAUUAUUAUUAUCCUGAGAAAGGCAGCCAGGAUGGUGAAAGCCUUAUGUCCAUGUCAUAUGCAGAAAGAUGGGAUUUUUAGCCUGGAAAUAAGAAGACUCAGUGGGGAUAUGAUAUUUGUCUCCAACUAGCUGAAGGAAUGUCAUGUGCAAGAAGCCCAAGUCUUGUAUUUGAUCCUGAGGGCAGAAUUAGGAACAAUGAGGGAGAGAACAAAGAGGACAGUGGGUUUGAUGUCAUGAAGAGCUUCCUACCAUUAGAAUUGUCCUGAAAUGGAAAGGGCCAUCUUGGAAGAGGGAGUCCUGGAGGAUCACUUGUUAGGUAUGUUCUAUUAGGAAUUUUGUUAGAUAUGGUUUGGGAUAUGAAUGAAGCCCCUUCCAAUUCAGAAAAUUCUAGUAAUUUCUUGAUUCCAAAGCUGAAUGUCUAUUUGCCAGGUUGGAUGAUGAAGGAACUUUUAUUUGAGGCACAAAACAAAGAUUCCAUGCUUUUGUGAUAUUUUGGUCCCAUCAUCAUCAUCACUGAGUAUGUAUAAAAAGCAGAUUUUUAAAAAUAAUUUUUUUUCUAAGGAAUUCUCUAGCUGACUCUCAGAGCUUAUAAACUAGUCUAUAAACUUCACAAUGGCAAGGAUGUCUUAUUCACAAUAAUACUCUCAUUUUAAAAGCACUUUUUAAGGGUUGCAAAUUGAUUUUCCAUGAGAGUCCUAUGGAGUCAACAGUUGAAGGAUUAUUAGCUCCAUUUUACAGAUGAGAAGAUGGAGGCCAGAAAGAUGAAGUCACUUGCUCAAGGUUAUGCAACUAUGAAGAGUAGGAGCCAGGAUUGAAGCCCAUAUAUCCUGAGUUCAAAUCUAUCCUUCUUUCUACUACUCUGUGCUAUUUCUAUAUUAUCAAAUGGAUUGUGUGGAUUUAAGAUUUAGGGUCCAAAGGGAGCUUAUAGAGCCCAACCCCCUUAUUUUACAGAUGAUAAAACUGAGGCCUGGGGUAGAGUCCUGUUCUACAGAUAGUUCUUGUGUGGGUUUGAAUCACCUGUGGAGGGAAGCUGAAAGCUGGAAAGUAAUGGGUUAAGUUUACAGGCUAGAGAGAAUGAGCCAUAGAAGGAGCAGAGAGAGAUAAGGAACACAGGGGCAAAACUUUAGCAUGGUCUCAGCAUGUCCACAGGUCAGCCUGUCAGCUCUUCCUCAGAUGGUCAGAGAGAGAGAGGGAAUGAGCUGAAAUGAUCUUAUUGAGGAUGGUAGCCAUGGGGGUUGCAGGAUGGCAAUCAAACAGGCAGCACAUCAGAAGUUAUACCAUAGUACUGACAACCAAAAGGCACCAAAAGCACCAGCAGUUGCCCAGGACAGAAGCUCACGUGAAACCUUCUCCUUUCCAGCACACUGGCCCCAGCUUAUACAAAUGCAAGGGUCAGUCUUUGACGUUCUGAAGGACCUUUAGAACUUGCCUGCUAGCUUUCAGACUGCAGAUAGUAUUCAAGGGUUGAUUUCUAAAUUCCACAAAGUUUAAGCCCCAUUCAAUUUAAGGAUUCAGAAAUCAAUCAUGUGAAAUAUUAGAAAUAGAUAGCCAUAAGUCUGGUCCAUGAACACUUUGCUUAUUAGUCAGCUUUUGAAUACAGCUUUAAUAUCUUCAUGAUUCAUUAUAACUGAAACCCUUCACCUAGAAAGUCACAAAAGAUUCAAAUGCAUGGCUUCCAAACUCCAAAUUUAAAGCUUUCUUUACUACAUCAUGUUGCCUCAUCUGACAUCGAUUCUGUUAUUUUGUGGCAAGGAAAUGCUCUAGAUCAUCCACAACCAUGAGCUUGACCUACUGUUGCCAUACUUUGAAAGUGCUUUUGAUAAUCAAAAAAUGCUCUCUUCCACCUGCAAGGCAGCUAUUGUAUAUUGGUAAGAACCUUGGAUUUGGAGACAGAUGACUCAAAUUCAAAUCCAGACUCUGUCAUCAACUAGCUGUGUGAUUUUUGGUCAAAUUCGUCAAAUGGGAAUAUAGACACUUGCCUUUUCUAGAUCAUAGGGUUGCUGUGAGAUGAAAUGAAGGAGAGUAUCUAAAGUGCUAUAUAACCAUCAGCUAUUGAUAGAGCAACAAGAAAGUUGGGUUUGAAGUCUGUCUGCCUUGACCUGUGUAACUGUGAACAAGGUUCUUCCCUUUCCAGGUCUCUCCUUUAUGUAAAAUUCUACAACCAUAUCUGUAUGUGGGGGAGGUAGAUCAGAUGAUUUCUAAGGUCCCUCCUAACUCCAAAUCUAGGACCUAAGAUCAUAGGGAGUUAUCUCUGAAUUGGGUCAUCUGGAAGGAGAGUUUGCCCAAGAGUGAAGGAAUAUAUUUGAUUUUGCUAAGAGUGAUUCUAAGUUAUUUCUAUGAAGUAUGAGAUUUAGAGUUUGAAGCAGUCUUGGAGAUUUUGGGCUCUAAACAUCUUCUCAAUAGAGGAAACAGAGGCUGUGACUUGGAUGGGACCACCCAGUUAGAAGAUAGCAAUGAUGGGGUGUAAAUAGUUUCCCUGGGAAGAAUUUCAAAGAAAAAUAACCCAUCUCUAGAAGUGAGGGGUUGUUAUCCCAAGAGGAAAAAUGAAUUCCAAAUCUCUUAGAGAUCAGGUCAACAAAAGAGAGAGGAUGGAAAAAUUUAUGCCAUUCUAUCUCCUCCAAAAAGCAGGGAGCAAAGACAAGACCAUGGUUGUGAGCCAAGAGAGAGGUGAAAUUCCCCCAGUUGUAUCUGGGCCUUUUGUGUUAUGAGAGAGUCUCUGGCAUGAGCCUUCUUAAUGGACCACACAGGAUUAUGGCCUGAAAUCUGACUGUUGUCCAUUUCCCCCUUUUUUUUCCUCCUUCAUUUGAAGUCUAUGGAGUGAUGCUUCCAGACUGGGUAGGGACCAUAGAGUCCAACUUUACCAUCUUUCAGGGAGAUAAACUGAGGCCAAGAGAAGUAAAGGGAUUAGCUUAAGGUCACACUGUUAGUAAGUGAAAGAACUUUGACUCCAAUGUAGAUUUUCUGACUUCAACUCCAUUUCACUCAUUUAAAAAUAUAUAUCAUUUGAAUAUACUUCAUUAAAAACACUUUCACCUUGAAGUACUUGGAAUAAGGCAUUAUGGUGUUGUAGAUAAAUAUAGCUGACCUUUGGGUCAGGGAGAUCUGGGUUCAAGUUCUGUCUUAGACACGUGCUUGAUGUGUGACCCUGGGGAAGUCCCUUACCCUUUUAGUGCCAUAGGCGCCUCUCUAAGACCAUCAGUUGCAGAGUAGGAAUUGUGCUGCCUGAGUGGGGGAUAUCCCUCACAUGGAGCUCUUACCAUCAAGAAAUGAUAGAUUCCUCCCCUCUCUGAUCAGUUUUUUGUAGGAGGACUUGGGGCCCAGGCAUAAGCAGUCCUAAGGUCUAAGGAGAGAUUUUAGGUGUGGGUUGUUUGUUCACCCUCUGUUUUGCUGCCUCCUAGAUGGACAGUUACAUCUGUUGCUGAUUCCCUGAUGUUUUCUUCCUGCUGCUUGUAUGAAGUGGAAUUUUCCUCAGUUAAGGGUGACUCUGCUUCCUUUGUCCACCCUUGACCAAGCAUCAUGACUCCCUUGCAACCUCUUCUUUCUGCUUAUCUCCCUCCACUCUGUCUCAGAGUUGUUUCUGCAGCCUCUCUCAAUAAAGUUGUCUUCAGCAUGG